AGUAGCAGCCCUCUCCGCGGUCCGCCUCCCUUCAGCAGUCAGACCGAACUGACAGGACGCUCGCAGCACCGUACAACCCGUAUCACCAGCGGUUGGAAGCCGCACUGACUGCUCGGCGUCGUCGAGAGGUGACCUAGACAACCCGGGUAAGGCGUCGAAUAAGAACCACUGCACGCAAAGUACGGUGUCCCACAAGGCCAAUCUAUACGUCAUUAAUCCACGCAUCACGGAAUCCGAGCUAUUGGUCGGACCCAGCCCUCAUCGCAGCACCACCACCAGCAGCUUGGAGAACAGAUCUUCUGCCCAGCAGCAGCAGAAUGGCGGACCGGGAGCAGCUGAUCCAGAGAGCCCGUCUUGCCGAGCAGGCGGAGCGCUACGACGACAUGGCCGCAGCGAUGAAGCAGGUCACAGAGCUGAAUGAGCCUCUGAGUAAUGACGACAGGAACCUUCUGUCCGUGGCCUACAAGAACGUGGUGGGCGCGCGGCGCUCGUCCUGGCGUGUCACCUCCAGCAUCGAACAGCGGGCCGUUACCGACGGCAACGAGAAGAAGCUGGAACUGGUGCGGGCCUACCGGGAGACGAUCGAGAAGGAGCUGGAUUCCCGGUGCCAGGAAGUGCUCUCCCUGCUCGACGAGUACCUGAUUAAGAGCUGCGGAGAAGACCAGCUGGAGAGCAAGGUGUUCUACCUGAAAAUGAAGGGCGACUACUUCCGCUACCUGGCCGAGGUGGCCACCAGCGAGAAGAAGGCCGCCGUGGAGGCCUCCGAGGGCGCCUACAAAGACGCCCACGAGAUCAGCAAGAGCAUGCCGGCCACCCACCCCAUCCGCCUGGGCCUGGCCCUCAACUUCUCCGUCUUCUACUAUGAGAUCCAGAACGCGCCGGAGCAGGCCUGCAAGCUGGCCAAGGAGGCGUUCGACGACGCCAUCGGUCAGCUGGACAAUCUGAACGAGGACUCCUAUAAGGACUCCACGCUCAUCAUGCAGCUGCUCCGGGACAACCUGACCCUGUGGACCAGCGACCAGCAGGACAGCGAGGGAGGCGAGGCCAACAACUGAGGCUCCGCGGUUGGUCGGUGGCUCUCCGCACGCCGGGUAGCUCUCUAGUUAGAAUAGCGAUUUACCUAUUCCCGCCCCAUAUCCCUCUUGCUAACUUUUUUUUCUUAGUUCUUUGCAAUGUUUCACCUCCAUUAUUAUUUUUUUGUUGUGCCAUUUAAAUUUCUAAAUCAGAAGGGUCGACGUUCUGAUUUAUUAGGAAUGCAGCAAAGGAAUUAUGUGUCUCUUCAAACUCGCAUCAGAACCACCUUGGGACAGACUAGCCCCGCCCCCAUGGAGAAACAGAAGCUAGUCUAUUUUACACAGGGCUCCUAUUUGUAAUCAUGGUUAAUGCAUUAAGAAAGGAAAUAAAAAAUCAGGCGUAGUAUAAUCCAUACUUUAAAGUGGUACGUGUAAUUGUGAAUGUGGGGCGUGUUUACCGAAUAGAGUUAAUAAAAUAUGUAUCUGAUUAUGGGGGGGGGGGGGGGGCUUUUCCCAGAUUUAGUCCACAUCAGAAUUCAGGGAACCUUUUCACAGAAAAGUCUAUUCUGUUUCUAAUGCGGCCUGAACCUGAGGAUUUUGAAUAAUUUCUUGGUUUCGGAGUGAAAAUAAUGCCGUUGCUCGUCGCUCCUUCCAUCAAAAAGUCACAGUGGCCUCUAAUUUAUUUUUACAUUCCGUGUUUCUUGUUUAGUGCUUUAUUUUCUUCUGUUCUAGAACCCCUUACCUUCUAGAAUCCUGUCUGUUCUAGAAUUCCUCACCUUCUAGAAUCCUACGUCUGUUCUAAAGUGGUUUAGCAAAAAAAAAGUCUUAAUGUUGCUCAAAACAAGUUAAGUCGAUAUUCAGGUCGAGCUGGUCAUCAGAUGUUCCGUGCGGAUAUCGUCAGUCCUGAGUUUACGUCUGUAAUGCAAAAGAAAAGGAAUGUUUUGUUGUAUGUUUUAAACUACAAUGUAAACCGUGGUGAUGCAUUUAGGUGCUCUGCUUCUGGAACCACCUGUACCUUCUGUGUGGGAGUUUGUGUCGGGUCUCUGGUCUACUAACUUUCCAUGUUCCUGUGCUGUUUCACUUAAAGGAUUGCAAAGGUGUUGCUUACAAUUGUCACUUUUUUUUUUUUAAAUGAAAUAAACUCCAAACACUGUUAAUUA